GCCGGUUGACGAUGUGAGCGCGAAUACACACGCGCGAACGCGAAGCAGCGGCGGCGGUGCGGUGCGGUGAGGUCUGGCGGGGGCGGAGGGGAGAAAGGGCGCUCCAGCUCGGCGAACGGAAAGCCGGCGACAGCGAGAUUUCCUUCUCUCUCUCUCUAUCUCUGUUCCUCCUCGCCAGUCGCCUCCGACGAGGCCGACGAUGUCAAACAUGCGGCCACGAGUUUCACGCGCCAACAACGCGACGUCGACAACAACGACGACAACGACGGCGACGACGACGACGACGGCGACGACGACGACGGCACCGGCUACGGCGGUGGCGGCGACGACGACGACGACGACGACGACGAGGAAGUCGAACGAGACGACGAAGAAUCGACGACGGCGCACCACGGUCGUGCUCCUCUACCAGUGAAACGAGCACACGCGAAACAUACACACAUAUACAUACACACAUACAUACACACGCACGCGUACACGCGACACACGCACGCACGCACGCACGCACGCACCGGUACGCGGUUGCCGAUGAGCGUGGAUAUAUGGCGGCGCGAGUACUCUUGCUGAGCGUCUUGAUCACGGAAGUGCUGAAGCCAGCUUGCGCCGCAGGUAUCGGAGGAAAUAUCAGUAGUAGGAACGUGUCCAAACUAGAUGCUGGUUUAACUAAAGGACCUGGAUUAACACUGGAAAUUCAACCUAGUGGCCAUGUGAUACUAGGAAAAAGGGGGAUUACGCUCAGUUGCAUAGCUGGCUCGAAUGAGACUGUGACUUGGUUGCACAAUGGAAUACCAGCACCUCCGUGUGGUCUUACUCGCUGUGUUCUUCUCUCUAAUGGUUCUCUUCACUUUUACAAGAAACAAAAUUUACAAAUGCAAAAGUUCAAAGAAAAGGAAAGAAAUAAUAUUGUUAAUGCUAGAAACCAUAAUAAAGAUGAAUAUCGCUGUGUAACGCGUACUAGUUUAGGAGGGAUGAUACAGUCAGCUCCCACUAUUAUUCAAAUAGCAGAACUUGCUCAUGUAUUUAAAGAAACUCCAGAAAAUAUUACUGUUCAAGAAGGUGAAAUUGCAAGAUUGUCUUGUUUAAUUGACAGUGUUCCUUUCCCACCCAAUAUUACGUGGCAGCAUAAUGAAACAUCGUUAUCUUAUCAUAAUGAAUCAAAGUAUUCUGUGGUACCACCAGGUGUUCUGUAUAUAAGUGCAACGAAACUAUCAGAUGCUGGCUUAUAUAGAUGCAUAGUCACUAAUGAUUUUCUAAAGAAGACCAAAAGGAGCAGAGAAGCAAAAUUAACGGUUAUCGCGAGAGAAGAGAGCUCAAACAAAACGCAUACGCCAUCGUCCUUGUUUCCACAGAUUUCAUACAAUCAUUGGUUGCUUAACGGGUCGAAUCUGAAGUUGGCAUGUGCUGCAUCUGGUUAUCCAUCACUUGUAACAUGGUCAUUUAUUCCUCGUUAUACAGAUAAUGUUACAAAAUCUCGCAUCCUCCUUAAUUCCACCACUGGCAUUAGUGUAUUGUCAUUAACAAAGGUAAACGUUUCCAAUGCUGGAGUCUACCAGUGUUCGUCAAAGAGUUCUAUCACCAAUGACCUAGAAGUACAGAAUGUAACUGUAGAUAUAUUAAUACCACCGUCAUUUAUAAAAACGCCGACAAACCAAAUCUGUCCAAAUGGGAGAACGGCGAGAUUCGAGUGUCAGGCGCAAGGAUUACCAGUACCUCAAAUUUAUUGGCUAAAAGAUUCAUUAAAUAUUACUAUUAAUGGUCGCAGAACAACUUACGUUAAGGAAUACAAUAAAAUAGAAUUAGCAAUAUCAGCAACAGUACCGUCUGAUUCUGGCAUAUACCAAUGUGUGGCGGUAAAUGCAGCGGGUGAAAUUUGGGCUGCUGGUCGGCUCCAAGUAAAUACAUCGCGCAAUAGUCCUGCUACACCUACUUCUCUAAAGUGUCACGCUAUUUCACCUGUUAAAAUCUUAAUUUCGUGGGAACCACCAAAGUCUAUACCAUAUACCAGUAUUACAGCUUAUACCGUCCAUUAUAGUCCUGUAGAAGGUGGUAAGGAGGAAGUUUCACCACCAGAACCAGGGAAUUCUACGUCUGUAGAAGUAACAAAACUUCUUGAACCAUUUACAAAUUACUCCUUUUACGUACGAGUGUGGAAUAAUUAUGGUGCUAGCGAUCAGUCGGCUACCAUUGUGUGUUCCACUGCUCCAAGUGUUCCUAAAGGCACACCAAAAAUGAAUGUGGAUAUAAUCAGUAGUACAAAACUAAAUGUAUCGUGGGAGCCUUUAAGUAAAAAAGAAUCUCACGGCGUCGUGGUGGAAUAUAAGUUAUUGUGGAAACUCCACCAAAGUUCAUCCUCCAGAUGGGUACAUUAUCUACCUGCCACCGUUCAAUACUACGUACUUUCCGGUCUGGAACCUGGAGCACGAUAUGAUCUUCGAGUAUUGGCAAGGACAAAGCAGGGCGAGCCAAAUAUUAGUGAGACACAAUUGGAUUGGAUCACCGUUACCAUGCCAUCUUCUGAAUCCAAUCAAUUUGCUAUAAGAAAUGUUGUGGAUAUUCAAGUGUUAAUUGUAAACGCUUCAAUAAUCAAGAUGAAAUGGAAGAUCAAUUUCAAGCAAAGUGAUCAAAUUGAAUCAAAGUUCGAUUCCUGGCAAAUUUAUUGCGAAAAUCAAAAUGGCGAGAAAUUAAAGAAUAUUCAUUUACCGCAGAACAUUACUGAAUACCUAUUUACUGAUCUUGAUACGAACGUUUCUUAUAUUAUGCGUCUGUGUAUGGUGAGCUCGGGUGAAGCAACAGGUUGCUUGACGAAACAUGUAGAGACCAUACAAUCCGAUCCUAAUACUGUGCCAAUGACAUUGGAGGCUAUUCCCGUCUCGCCCACGUCCAUUAACGUGUCAUGGACACUGUACGAUGUGCACGAUGUAAAUUCGUUUGAAUUUUGUUAUCAUGCGGUGCAUGUGCAAAAUUCCAACAAUUCUAAAUGUUCCAUCGUAAAUGACACAAAAACUAACGUUGAUGAGCUGAAGCCUUUUACUUUAUAUGAGUUUAAAGUAAAAGCCGUUAGGCACGACACAAAUCGGACCAGCUUCUAUAGCAAAUCUAUAGAAUGCUACACAAACGAAGAUGUUCCUGGUAAAGUCGAAGAGUUACAAUGGUUCUUGAGAAACAAUACGAAAGUACGUAUUGCAUGGGAGGAACCGAGCAACAUAAACGGCAUUAUACAAAAUUAUGUUGUCACGUAUGGACGUACCAUGGAGGAUUUUGCGACAAUGAAUAACGUGACCGUGCCCGGUAAUAGAAGGACGACGUUCCUACCAGAUUUAGCACCGGGAAAACGAUAUUUCGUUAUGGUGCGAGCAGCGACGAAAGCCGGUUAUGGGAAACCGUCGGACCCUAUUAUUGUUAUUACCGGCGGUACUAGUCGUAACAGUAGUAAUGGUGGAUCAUCAAAAGUACCUGCCCCGUCGGGCAAUGAGAAAAACUCUAAGCCCGAUCAGAGUCUAGGUGUGAUCCUCGGAGUGAACAUAAGCGUCGGAUUUAUCAUGGUAUGCCUAUGCAGCAUAUAUUGCCGGAGAAAAUUUGAGAACUCUCGACUGAGAAACGGCGCUCAGCCUACGAACGAGUGCGUGCUAUCGCGAAACGCCAAUGGAUGUUGCGCGGAGCAAUCUUCCACGUCCGUGGGUCAACAAGCAAAUGCCACUGAUGCCCCGAAUGAGAUUGAAUUGGCAGUGCUGUGUCCGUCGUCACCGAUCGAAACGAAUCCGCAUUCAGACGCGAAGGGCACACAGUCUAACGGGGUAUUCGAAAUUUGCGCGAAAGAACCCUUAUUGUCACCAUGGGAAGUAAUGGAGAUAAAUGGAGGCUCGAAGGAUGUUCAUAUUAUGGAGAAUCCUCAGUACAAAAGGAGAAGUAGUUCUGCCUCGAAUAAUCAACAGGAGGAAGAAGAGGAGCAAGAUCUAGAAGGCACGCAGCUCACAAUGGUCAAUUGUACUUUAGGCAGUAGUGCUAGCAGUUUAAAUAACAAUUCAGGAUGUCCGGACGAUGAGACUUCAUCAUCGCCAAAAGCUACGUGUGCAUCUGUUCCGGCGCUCGGACCAAACGGGUGAAAGUGCGUUAGGCAAUAUGCUAAAGUGUUCAAUGCUUCUCAGCGGUAUCAAGGUACAACAGGUAGGAAUACAUGAAUUCUUCUAUUUCCUCCUUUCUUACGAUCGAUACGCCGUCAUCGAUUGUAGCCAUGUUCCGAUUUAAAGCGAGAAAAGAGAAAUAAUGAUGUCUAGCCCCGAGAAAGCGAAAGCAAUGCAAAGUUGCAGCAGCCUCGCAAAGCAGGUACAUGAUCGAUGUAAAUAAUAUAUUGUUUCGGAAGAAAUCGUGACGUUAAUCGUUACGUUGUAAAUACGAGCAAGAUACAUUUAUCGCGCGGAGAACAAAGCUUGUCUACAUCUCAGCGAAAGCAACGCAAUUCUAAAAUUCAUUGCAUUCUUUGCAUGGUGCACCUGUACAAUGCAGUAAUCGCGUAGACGAUAUUUGAAGUGUUUGUCAGAUUCGUGUAUGUAUACAGAAUCAUUCAAAAUAUUGUUUGAAGACGAAAAUGAGAUAUUUUUGAAGAAAAUUAAUAUAUAAGUAUAGUUACAUAUAAAGACGUUUUAUAUUAAAAUUUUAUAAGAAAAGAUAUUUUUUCCCACUAUCAGUAGAUUAGCGAGUAUUGCUAGCGAAAUUACUUCGAUAUUCAGUUCCUGAUCGAGACUAUUUAGCAACGUUUUUGAACAUAGGCAGUUGCUUCAAGAGUGCUUAACUUUAUCACUCUUCAUCGAUUCUCAAACGUAUCGAAUAAUUCUGUAUAUACGCAAAUCAAGGAAAACUGUCGACGUGUCGAAAAUCGAGAGAUGCGCGAAUAAAAUUAACUCACAUGAAAAACAGCAAGUUUCCGAUGCCUCUGUACAUAGGAUAGAAUAAUUGUUGAUUGUGAAUAUGUCCAUAAAAUAUCACACUUCGAAUACGGCAAAAGAUGUGCGGGCGUGCAUUCCUUCGCGUUUGGGGACACAAAAAUAUGCUAAAUAUUCGGGCACUGCAUGGCCUAAAAGUUGAUGAAGUUUCAUUCUGAUGAUUCAUUCUAAUGGUUUUCGAGCUGAUCGCUUAAAAUGAAGCAGAGACACUGAUCAUUCCAAAAUAAGUUUUCCAUGAUAUUUAAUUAUAAACAAAAAAAGAAUGUUUAGUAUUAAGAAAACAGGGAAAGGCUCUAACCAGAUGCUACGCGUUUUUAGAGAUGUUAAGAAAAUUUUUUAUUCCGUGUUUUUUUUUCUUUUUUUCUUCUCUCUUUUCUGUUUUCCUCUUUUAUAUUUUAACGUACCGUAUGUGUGUCAUUAAGGUAUCAAAAAUAUUGAUUUCUUCAAGGAAUCAAAAUAAAAAAAAUUUUUUUUUUGCAUUUGGAGCUAGUGUGCAUGACAAAUGAAGGAUUUUUUGAAUAUAAUAGCUCUUAAAAUAUUUGAUGUAAGUUUUGUAUUAGUUUAAAACGGUUUAUCGAUAUAUCAUACUUUAAAUUUAAAAAAUAAAAUCCUAUGAAUGGGAAGGAAUAAUUCAGAAAGACACAAUCGUGCUUAUAAUAUUGCUAAUCAAAAAUGUAACGGGCCACCUUGUUUUCUCUUACAAUUGUUUAUUUCUAUUAGAGACCUUAAAGACUGCUGUAUUAAUAGGCGAUAUUUUUAUAAUUAACAGAUAACCUUGAUAAUGUUUACGUCUGGAAAAGACUUUGCGUAAUACGGUAUUACGUAAGAAGAACUUUACAUAUUCCUCGGGUUUCUUUCCGUUCAUAAGAUUAAUAUCGUUUUUAAGGUGAUUAGGGAUAAUCGAUGCGAUUUAAUGUCAACGUUUUGUAUGUACGAUAUUUAGCGUGUUAACUGGUAAAGCAGUUCUGUGUAUUACACAAAAAGAAAGAAGCGCAUUCGACACGAAU